AUGGUCACCCUUGGCUCGCUUUUAGUGAUGGUCAUGGUCGGGAAGGAGCCAGGGCCCCGUCAGUCGUCGUCUUCUUCAGACAGUCCACCUACCAGAGUAACAUUUUUAUUUUGUGAACUUACAGGAGCCCAGGCUUGUGUGCUUGUAUUUUCUACCACAGACAGGGAAUCUUUUGACGCAAUUUCCAGUUGGAGAGAGAAAGUAGUAGCUGAAGUUGGAGAUAUACCAACUGUACUUGUACAAAACAAGAUUGAUCUCUUGGAUGAUUCUCGUAUAAAGAAUGAGGAAGCUGAAGCACUGGCAAAAAGGUUAAAGUUAAGAUUCUACAGAACUUCAGUGAAAGAAGAUCUAAAUGUGAAUGAAGUUUUUAAAUAUUUGGCUGAAAAAUAUCUCCAAAAACUCAAACAACAAAUAGCUGAGGACCCAGAACUAAUGCACUCAAGUAGUAACAAAAUUGGUGUCUUUAAUACAUCUGGUGGAAGUCACUCGGGUCAGAAUUCAAGUACCCUUAAUGGUGGAGAUGUCAUCAAUCUUAGACCCAACAAACAAAGGACCAAGAAAAGCAGAAAUCCUUUUAGCAGCUGUAGCAUACCCUAAAAUGUUUUAGGAAGGAAAAAUAUUGAACUAUAUUGUGCAAUUCUGUAAGAAAAACACCCAGCUGUCAUGGUAUGUUACAAGUUUUUUAGCAGACUUUGCGCCUAAUGGCUCUCUGAAAGUUGACAGACUUAAAUAUUGCUCUGCAAAUGCUUUUCAGAAUGUAGAGUGAGACCUCUGGUGGAAAAAUUACUGCCCUGUGGACUCAUUUUAAGUUUUUUACAUUAGACGAAGCUUCUCCUGUUUUUGAAGGAAUGCUAUAAGAAAUGUCAAAAAUAGGUUUUGCUGAAUUUUAAAUGCUGGAAAACAUAAAAAUGCCUAAAUAUAUUGGUACAGAUUUUAAUAUUGUGGCUCAAGGAAAGACAGCAAACAUUCUUUUCCUGAAAUUGGUCAUCUAGCUUUUCUGGAAAUAGUACUGAAUCUGAAUACUUACAAAAAAAAUAAUACUGAAGAGUAAACCCUAAGUCUUGCCAGAGUGCAUUAGAAUUUUGGCAAUGUUACUUGUGCAAUAUCUGUAUAAUAUAGAAUGUGGAGAUAUGCAUACAGAUAUCUGGUACUGGAUUAACUGAAGGUAUGUGAACUAUUUAAAGAAAUGUAGAUUCUAAUUAAUUCAUUCCUAAAACUAUUUACACAUUGUAUAUAUGUUUUUAUUUUCAAAUGAGAAAUUCCUGACAUAUAUUUUGCAAAAUGAGCUUGGAUUUAAAAAGUGCUUGUGCCAAAAAUAUCAUACCUAAUUUUUACAGUGCUUUACUAUCAGAAUUUGUAUUGUUUAUAAUAUCUUUUAAAAGUAGUUUUCCUCUCUGACAAAGUAUAUAAAAAAGGAGUAUAAACAUUUUAAUGCUAGAGCAUCUCCCAGGUGAGACUUGUCGCUAGAUCUUUUGUCCUGUGGCCACCUGUAAGCAUGGUGAGCUGUAAUAACUUAGCCAAAUCCCUAAGAAGGUCCACUGUGCAUCUGCAGCCCUUCAGGGAGUCCUGUGAGGUGCGCUCGUGCAUCUAGCACAUUUGGCUGCUGACCGAGAAUCCAACUUUGAAUAUUUAAGAUUAUGCUAACUAUUUUUAAAAAUGCACAAAAGAUGAUCUUUAGUCUUAAUCCAAAUUAUGGAUUUUAUGAUGCCCUGCAACUCUAAAGCAUUCUUUUAACACAUUUUGUAUAUUAUUUUAUCACUUUUACAAAUUUCUGUAACAUUGUUUGUAUAGCAGUUUCUCAAGAUCUCUGUCAGUACCACACACAAAAUAAUUUCUUUUAAGAAAUGAUUUAAUAUGUAAUCAUGCAUCAGAGCCUACAUUUUGUGACUUGGGACAAUAGCUUUCUGAGUAAGGUAAUUGCAUGGACUCUGUUAAAACUAAUUAUCAUUCAUCAAUGGCUUUGUUUUUUAACCUAUAAUCACCCCUUUCAAUAUACCUGGUUUUUACAGGAUUUCAAAUAUAUAAAAAUAACUUUUCCUGGAAAA